AUGUCUGGUUCGGAGGAGACUGUGGCAGAUGUCCAUGCUGGUCCAUCUAUUGAAGUGGAUGAAACGUCAGAGUUGGUAGAUAUCAAAAACAAAAGAAAGAUUCUAAAAGGUCGAAUAACACGAGCUAUAAACCGUGUGAGAGAAUCUUUGAGAAAUAAUGAUACCAACAUUAGAAGAAUCAAAAGAGAACUGAGUGAAAUUAAACAGGAUUGUGAGACUGUGAGAACCUUAAAUAAUAGUCUUUACAAUUUAGUUCUUUCUUCUGAGACAAUUAAACUUGAUAAAUGGGAUGAUGAUUUACUUUCCACAAUAUUUGAUGUGGAGGAAGAGAUUGAAGAUUGCAUUACUUCACUAAAUAGACACAAUCAGAGCAUUCGUUCCCCAUCUCCUGUUGUUGUGCCAAGAAAACAAGAUUUGCUAGAAGCAAAUGAGAAUGACAAUUUGUUGAAUCCUACACCAUCACAUGUUCCCGUUAGUCCAUCUAUGGAUGAGAGUCCCCCUAGUAAUUUGUCAACUACAUCAGAGAUACAUGUACAACCUGAGUUAAACCCCAUUACCCAUUCUACAGUAUCCAGAGAAACAUCUAGAAAUGCUACUUCAUCCUCACCUUCAAAUAAACCAUUUGACUCAUGGAUCGAUGAGCUGAAAGAAUACACUGAAACUGAUCUGAAUAAAAUUUUAUUAUUUCUGUAA